AUGAAGAUAAGCGGUAUAGAUUAUGAAGAAAGGAUGGAUGAAGUGAAACUUCUUCAAUCAAUAAUCACUCUGUGAAAUGUCCCAACUUCAAGCGACGCUCACACGCACGUGCAAGUUCAAAACAGUUCCAAAUCCUUGUCAAAUGCCAAUAGCCGGUUGUGACGUCACGACGCCUAGCCAAUCGUCGGCUGGCGUUGUGCGAGGAGGGGCGUGGCAUCAACCAGCGCAAUUCAACAGCGGGGAGCGCAAAUUGAAAUCGCCAAACGUCAGCGGACGCGUCUUUGCGGUGUGGAGGAGAGCGGAAACCUUUUGGAGCCACUUGGUUGGGGGGAGACCACGGUGAAAGUUGACGGCGGCUCGGAUGGAAUGCGUGUACGUUCGUCUCCCCUGAAGCUUCCCGGGCUCCGUCCGUCCGACCGAAGCCUCCCGGGCUCCAAGCGAAGCGUGCCGGGCUUCCCUAAAGCCCGCGGGGCUCCGUGGCCCCUCCACCGCCCGCCGCGCCGCGCACACUGCUCGUCGUCCUGUCACCGGCGUCGUCGUUCCUAUGAGUGCGACGUCUAGCCCGCCGUUCGUGGUGAUGCAGCGGCCACUCGGAAGCAGCUCCGCCUUCAGCAUCGACUCUCUCAUCGGGGGGCCUCCGCAGCCCAGCCCGGGACACUUCGUGUACACGGGCUACCCCAUGUUCAUGCCGUACCGCUCCGUGAUGCUGCAACCGCCGCCCCCUCCGCCUCCGCCGCCCGCUUCCCUGCAGCCGGCUGGACAUCCCCAGCACCCGCACUCGCACAUCCCGGCGCUGCAAGGCGGCUUCUGCUCCAGCCUGGCUCUCACCUCCACGCUCAUGGCCUCGCUUCCCGGAGGAUUUUCCCCAAGCCAGCAGCACCAGGACGCGGGCCGGAAGCACGCUGAGGACGCCAAGACUUUGGCUUCGAUGCCGGCCAAAGAAGACGCGGAUACGUCGGUGCAAGCGGCCGCAGCGCGAGGACACGCGAGUCCGGACGAGUCCAAAGAGGACGAUUGCGCGCGCAGAGACGAGAGCUUCUCUAUGGACAGCGACGCGGACUACAGCUCGGACGACAACAUGAUGAGCUCCGCGGCGGCCGGGCUGGACGACAGCCUGCACCUCCACGGUUCGGCCGGGUCCGGCUCGGGCCCACCGGGAGGUGGUGGAGGGGGAGCUGGCGGCGGCGGGGGUAAGAACCGGAGGCGGCGGACCGCGUUCACCAGCGAGCAGCUGCUGGAGCUGGAGAAGGAGUUCCACUGCAAAAAGUACCUGUCGCUCACCGAGCGCUCCCAGAUCGCGCAUGCGCUCAAGCUGAGCGAGGUGCAGGUCAAGAUCUGGUUUCAGAACCGGCGCGCCAAAUGGAAACGGGUCAAAGCUGGCAACGUCAACAACAAGUCCGGGGAACCGUCGCGGAACCCCAAGAUCGUAGUUCCCAUCCCGGUGCACGUCAGCCGCUUCGCAAUAAGAAGUCAGCACCAGCAGCUGGAGCAGAGCCGACCCUAGGACCCUCGAGAACUUUGUCGAGUACAACUGUCGAGAACUGGCCUCUCUUCAGCGCACUUAUCGCUCGUUUAAUUUGAAGAAGAAGAAAGAAAAUAAAAUCAGGCCAAAGCUUAAGUCAAGACAUGUAAAUGCGUUUUUUCUUAAACAAGUGCAAUGGAAUCUAAAUAAAUUCAUUUAGGACAUUAAUGUUCUAAUUUUAAGGGACAACAUUUGAACAAAAUAUAAUCAACUCCCAACAUGAAAGGAGGAUGAGGAUGAUGAUGUUGAUGACACAAUAGUAUCGAAUUGUUUUUUACGAGGUUUCUUCUUUCCCCAAGACGCUGCUAGUUUA